CACUGUGCCCGCUCCCUCUCCCUCCCCAAAGGUCCGCAGUCUCUUGGUCAUCCCCUGUACUGUCUGCAGUCUCUGGUCAUUCCCUGUACUAUGUCCGCAGUCUCUGGUCAUCUGUACUAUGUCCGCAGUCUCUGGUCAAUCCCUGUACUAUGUCCGCAGUCUCUGCUCAUUCCCUGUACUGUGCCCGCAGUCUCCAGUCAUCACCUGUACUAUGUCCGCAGGCUCUGGUCAUCCCCUGUACUGUGUCCGCAGUCUCUGGUCAUUCCCUGUACUGUGUCCGCAGUCUCUGGUCAUCUCCUG